AUGGAAUCCUCCAAAGACAUGUACAUGGCAAAGUGGACUGAGUCGUUGACCGAAUUGUUUGUAAGUCUGAUGGUGAAUGAGUUCAAGAAUAAGGCACAGAAACUGAAGAGACAAUAUGGUAGUUUCAAGAAGCUGCUUUCAACGACGGGAUUUGGAUGGGACGAUGAGAGCAAGAGGGUCGUCGUGGACGAUGAAACUGUUUGGGCAAAUCACAUCAAGGUUAAUACUGAAUGGGCCAAGUUCAGGAAGGACGCAUUUCCUUUGUAUUCACAGCUUUGUGUUGUGUUUGGGGAUACAUACGCUACUGGGGAGUUUGCAAUAGGAAAUGCGCAAAGUGUGGCGCCGUCGGAGGGUACAGGUGAUAGUGGUGGUGGUGGUGGUGACAAUGAUGUUCAUGUCGACCUAAGCGAAUCAGAACAGUUUUUCGAAACUCAAGCUAAUGUGGAACAAUUUAACGUGCCGGCGAGCCCACCUCCAAAAAGCCACAAGUUGGAUAGGACUCCAAAUGCCAAGAUAAGGGAAAAAGAGCAGUUCACAUUCAUUUGA